AUGUACAAUUUGUACAAUGAAGUUCAGGCCCGCAGAGGAGCAAACGACAUCCCAGCUGACAACCAGAAGAAUGGCAGAGAAACGGAGUGUGGCCUGGUGCACAGUUCUGGUCUUUUUGUGCCGGGCCAGAAUCACCCUGGAGCUCUGCCUGUGCCACAUCACCGUGGCAACGGCUGCAACUACAACCCCAACGGGUACAGCUACCCCGUGAGUCAUCAGGAUGGCUACGGUUACUGCCACGGCAACGGUGUCUCAGAGAUCGGGGACUUGCUGCAGGAUUAUUUGGGACAGGGGAAACAAAUUGGCCGGAAGACCAAUGGAGCGCGCCAUGUGCACUUCAGUGACACGAUCAAGGUGAGUCAGGACACCCCUGCAUACGAGAAUGAGUUCAGCAGAAGAUAUCAAAACGACAGGUUUGGUCAUGAACAGUUUCGGGACAGUUUUGAGGCGACUGAAAACAGAAAGAAUCAAGUGUCUCAUAUGAAGGGCUCCCCUCGCAGAGAGAGUUCCCCCAACAAGGAAAACACAGGCGCCAAGCCCCCUCUGGGACAAAGGGAUGCUCCUGCUGCACAAUCACGCUCCCAGCUCCCACUAACGACUGUCGAAUCUCCCGCUCUGGACAGGAAGUGCUUCGGUCCGGGCAUCCUGGGAGACAGAAAGUGCAGCAGCCCCUCUGUUCUCAGGAAGUUUGGAGCCAUGCUGCAGGAAAAUGAGGGCAAAACUCUCACUGAAACAGGGGUGGUGACCCAACAGGAACUGUCCCUGGAGCCAAAAUGCCCCACCCCCGGGUGUCAUCGCAGAGCUCUGGGAGCUGCUGCAGUCGCCGGCAGGGCGCCCGCACGUAUGCCUGCCCACAAAUGCCAAGCGGAUUCUGAUGCGCUGACAGCAGAUUUAGAGCCGAGCCAAGAAUGGGGCUUAGUGUCAGACUCUGGGAGACAGAACCAUAAAGAUCAUAGGGGAGGCUACGGCGCAUCCAAAGGAUCUCAGCCCAGUCCUCAGCCGUCCCACAGGAGAUCACAGGUGGCAGGGAGCCCAAAGAUUAGACCUAGGACAAACAGUGGGGCAGAAAGAGAUGGAGGAAGGAAGCCUGCACCUCAACAUGUGGAGCCCAAAAUGGACUACAGGGUGUCCAGUGCUUCCUCUGGAGCUCACAGGAUUCAGAGGGGUGGGUUAGCAGGACAGGAGUUUCCAGGUUGCGGCCGAGUGAGGGAUGAAGGACUCAUUGAGCUGCUGGACAUGCUGGACAUCCAACAUGAGUUCAGCUCCAGCCCCAGAACAAGUCACACAGCUUACAGCAGACAGGAGCAGCAGGUAAAUCCAGCCGAGUCGUCUGCAGUAAAACCCAAUAGGUGCUUCUCUCGUCCAGCACGGCCAGCCAACCAGCGGCCUCCGUCCAGGUGGGCUAGCCGCACCCCGCCCGCUUUAAUCACCGCCCCAUCAGGCCCAGUGUAUCGCCCCCCAAGCCCAAUGACCAGAACCCAAAGCCCAGCCCUGAAGCACCGACCUCCUCUCUCCUACUCUCUUCAGACUGAGACUGUCAUUAUGUGAUACUUUUACAUUUCAGUAAAGCUUGAGCCCUCCCCAGGAAAACCCCUCAUGUGGUAACCACCCAACACGCUCUUUGUAAAUAGCGAGGACUUGCUCUGGUAAAGUGCUUACGAGAGAGUGGCGGGAAAAGUGCUUCAUUUCACCUCUAUGCCGCUUUAAGAGAUGAAACACAUCCACGACAUUCUCCAGUGUUGCUGUGGCUUUUUGCUUCUUUUGUGCCUAACAUUAGUCGACAGCUCCCCCUUUCUCCUCUUUUCUCAUUGUUUUUGUAUUGCGUUUAAGGUGUUUUCUGUACAAAGAGAUUUCAGCAUGCUGCCCUAGACUGAGGGUGCAUGCUCAUGUGUUUAAUCCUCAUUGUAGCCGUGUUGAAUCAAAUUCAACCUGGCCAAGAGAGGGAGUGGAUUAAUUGGCAACUGUGCUCCAAGCAGCAAACCUGCUAACUGUCAAAAACAGUGUGUUUUACUGUAUCAUAUUGUCAAAGUAAUAUAUUUAAGAUGUUCAAAUACCAGCUGUGAAAAAUGACUGAUAUGCCUUUAAUGUUUUUUUUGUUUUCUUGGUAAUAAAUAUGA